CCCAGUAGGAAGCCCGUGCCGCCGCCGCCGCCGCCGCCGCCGCCGUCUCCUUCGUCCCUUCUGGGGCAGGGCUGGAGCCAGAUUUCCAGCAUCCCUAAUAGACCUCCUCGGAGCUCCUUCAGCCAAUUCAAUGGCGUCCUCUGCGACUGUGCCUCUAGGAUUUCAUUAUGAAACAAAAUACGUUGUUCUCAGCUACUUGGGGCUUCUUUCUCAGGAGCGACAACCGGGUCCCUUACCUCAAGGAGUUCAACUAGAUGUGGCUCCCCAGUCUCUGAAUCCAGAAGUUUUAUUAAAACUUAAAUCUGAGAUUGAGGAAGAACUGAAAUCCUUGGACAAAGAAGUCUCUGAAGCCUUCACCAGCACAGGCUUUGACUGUCACACCUCGCCUGUGUUUAGCCCUGCUAACCCCGAGAGUUCCAUAGAAGACUGCUUGGCCCAUCUUGGAGAACGAGUGUCACAAGACCUGAAGGAGCCUCUGCAGAAAGCAUUGCAGACGAUCCUCAGCCAGCCAGUGACAUAUGAGGCAUAUCGUGAAUGUACAGUGGAGACUGCGGUUUAUGCCAGUGGAUGGAAUAAGCUCUUGGUGCCUCUAGUUUUGCUCCAACACAUGCUUUUGGAAUUGACGCGCCGUGGUCAAGAGCCUUUGAGUACGCUGCUACAGUUCGGUGUGAUGUACCUGGAGGAACACGCCGCAGAGUUCAUCAUUCAGCAGGGUGGCUGGGGCACUGUCUUUAGUCUUGAGUCUGAGGAGGAGGAAUACCCUGGAAUUAUUGCGGAAGAUAGCAAUGACAUUUAUAUACUGCCCAGUGACAACUCCGGACAAGUUAGUCCCCCCGAGUCCCCGACAGUGACAACGUCCUGGCAGUCGGAGAGCCUUCCUGUCUCACUGUCUGCUAGCCAGAGUUGGCAUACAGAAAGCCUCCCAGUGUCGCUCGGACCUGAGUCCUGGCAGCAGAUUGCAAUGGACCCUGAAGAAGUGAAGAGCUUGGACAGUAGCGGGGCUGGGGAGAAGAGUGAGAACAACUCGUCCAACUCUGACAUCGUGCACGUGGAGAAGGAGGAGGUGCCAGAGGAGGCCUUCCCAGGAGCCCCUGCUCCCUUGCUCGCACAGGUCCCUACCGUGGAAGCCCCAGAAAUGAUGAGAGUUGAGAAAACCAGCCCCACUCCGUCUGUGUUUGUGGAUCUUGGUGAGGAGGAGCUGGAAGCAGUAACCGUGAGACCCGAGGCUGUGGAGAGGGCGGAGAGAACCGCUCAGCUGAGUGAGGAGAGAGCCAGGAGCAGGAAAAAGAGCCACACUGGGGAGGCCGCUGCUGUCAGGGGAGCAAAGAGUGGCCUGCCCGCCGAGGGCAAGACCGUACUGCUCUUCGGAGGGGCUGCUGCGGUGGCCAUCCUGGCAGUGGCCGUUGGAGUUGCACUGGCUUUAAGAAAGAAGUAACAGUCAUUUCAGAUGAGAGACAAGACAGAAAGACCUACGGCUUUAGUUGUAUUCACUGGAACUUAGACUGCAACUGACUGGACAUUUACAAGACACUGGAGGAAUUGGGCUUUCGGCUCAGCGUGGCAAUGGCUUGAGACAGUGUUCACAUUGGCCUGGUUGUCAUUUUAGGGCCUUGGCUCAUGCUAGAUUCAGAAGGGCAAGAGUGAAGUUCCCACCUCCAACAGGUUAGUCAACUUGGGCACCAUGGCCUUUCAGUAAUUCUCUGUAGGAGGCUGCCCUGUGCAUUAUGUAAUGAUCGGCAACAUCCCUGCCUUCUACCCACUAGAUGCCACUGGCACCCCACUUACAGUGAUGGUAGCCAAAAAUGUCUCCUACAUUGCCAAAUGUCCCCCGUGGACAAAGUCAUCUCCCUUUUGAGGGCCACUGUUUUAAAGGAUAGGGUUCAAUUAGGAGACUCUGGGGGAGGAACCUGCAGCUGGGACGGCCAGCUGUUCAUCCUGUUGCAGUUUCUCGGGACAGGUGAGCUGACUGUGCUCUGCAGCUGUUUUUUUUGUUUGUUUGUUUGUUUGUUUUUUUCCUGGUCCCCGUUCUGUAUCGUGAGGUGCUCUCUCUCCCGCAUCACACCGCAUCUCAGGUACUGCAGCAGCGCAGUGUCUCAUCCAGCAAGCUCCCGAAGCUUCCCACGGUUCCAUCUUUCAAAGAUGACGCCUUCAGGGACCUUUUAAAUGAUAAAUACCCAGUCCAGGUGUGGUGGCACCUGCCUGUAACCCCAGCACUUAGGAAGCAGAGGCAAAGAGAUUAUCCCAAGUUCAAAGCUAGCCUGGUAUACAUACCAAGACCAUCUGGGACUGUUUGGUCAAACCUUGUCCCAAGAAAAGGGAUAAAUACACUGAAGCUGCAUAGGAGACUUAGGGUCCCCAGUCUGUUGUUUUUUGGUUUUUGGUUUUUUUUGUUUUUCAAGACAGGGUUUCUCUGUGUAGCCC